AGAAAGCGACAAGCUUUGUAUUUUUAUUUAUAUUUGUUAAAUAUAUCGUUUAUAAUAUUUAAUCAAUAUCCUAGAUUUAUAUUACAGCUUGAAACAUGUCCAAUAAAUUCGAGGCUAGUACUUGCAGGUUAAAAGCUAAUGAGGACAGUGGGGAUGAUGAAGCACAGUUAAAAGAUAAUCAAAAAACUGAGAAAGAUUCUCUACCUCCUGUAGAAGUUAAUCCAAAUGAGCACAAAUUACAAUAUGCGUAUGCAUUAUGGUAUAGUCGACGUAGUCCUGGUAAACAAUCAAGUAUACAAAGUUACGACCAAAAUUUAAAAUUGGUUGGUAGGUUUGCAAGUGUGGAGCAGUUUUGGAGUCUUUAUAGUCAUUUAGUCCGGCCAUCAGAACUGGCAACAUCCACAGAUUUUCAUCUUUUCAAAGUUGGCAUAAAACCAAUGUGGGAAGAUGAGGCAAAUCAGAAGGGUGGUAAAUGGAUAGUACGAUUAAGAAAAGGUUUAGUUUCUAGAUGUUGGGAAAAUCUUAUAUUAGCUAUAUUAGGGGAGCAAUUUAUGGUUGGGGAAGAGAUAUGUGGAGCUGUUGUAUCUAUAAGGUUUCAAGAGGAUAUAAUAUGUGUAUGGAAUAAAACUGCAUCUGAUUAUGCAACAACAGCACGUAUUAGAGAUACCUUAAGGAGAGUAUUACAUCUUCCAGCAAGUGCCUCAAUGGAAUACAAAACACACAAUGAAAGUUUGAAGAAUGUACAUCGGCUCUAA